AUGGAAGCCUUGCCCUGCCGGGGACCCUCCUCCUCAUGCUGUGGCUUCUUCCAGAUCCUCGUGUUUGACCAGGAGAACUUCCAGGGCCAGCGGAUGGAAUUCACUGCCGAGUGCUUGAACCUGGGGGACCGCGGCUUCAACCGGGUGCGCAGCAUCAUCGUGACCUCUGGACCCUGGGUGGCCUUUGAGCAGUCCAACUAUCGUGGCGAGAUGUUUGUCUUGGAGAAGGGCGAGUUCCCACGAUGGGACGCCUGGUCCAGCAACUUCCGCAGUGACCGCCUGCGCUCCAUGCGGCCCAUUAAGAUGCGGGAGUCCCAGGAUCAGAAAAUCAUCCUCUUCGAGAGGGCCAAUUUUCAGGGCAAUAAAAUGGAAGUCCAGGACAACGAUGUGCCGAGUCUGUGGGUUCAUGGCUUCUGCGGCCGGGUUGGAAGCGUCAAGGUGCCCAGCGGAACCUGGGUGGGCUACCAGUACCCUGGCUACCGGGGCUACCAGUAUCUCUUUGAGCGAGGAGACUUUGGGCACUGGAACGAGUGGUCGGCCUUCCAGCCCCAGAUGCAGGCCAUCCGACGCGUCCGGGACAUGCGCUGGGGACACCAAGACCGCUUCCUCCCUCACGAGAGCCCUCUCAGCUGA